AUGACAACAACAACACUAGUAAAUGACGCUGAAACUUCUCGUCUUCCACCAUCUUUAUUCAAUAUUCAAUAUCCCAAUUGUCGUACAGGCAUGUUUAGUCUUCGUGAACCAUUUCAAAAUGUAAAGACAGCGUUUGUUCCAAUUGAACAAAGACAAUUAUUAAAUGGAAAUCUAACACCAACCGGUCUACAACCAACUAAUUUAAAUGCUAAUCCAGGUUAUUAUUUAUUUUUUCUUCUAUUUGAAUCAUUGAUUUGUGUUUUAGUCCCAUUAAUACACGAAAAACCGAUUGAACCUGUAUUUAUACCACCUCGAAAAUUAUCAAAACGAAAUGCUGAAGUUCAAUGUUCACUUUUAAAGUCAACUGUUUAUCAUGAUAUGGCUGUACAAACAAAAACUCAUCGACAACGAAUUGCAGUUAAUGAUUUAAAUGAUAAUGAUGAUAGAAGUCCUCGAUAUCGUCGACAAAAAAAACUACAAUCAAUUGAACAACCACAGAAAAUUUAUGAAAUUUGGAAUAUUGAAUCACCACCCUUACGAACAAUACCAGUAAAGCAAACAAGAAAACUUCAAGAACAACAUAUAAGAUAUGUUACAACUAGAAAAUCAGUCAUAGAUUAUGAUGACGAUGAUGAUGAUGACGAAGGGGUAGUCGAUAAUGAUGAUGAAGAACGAAUUAUAUAUGCACGUCAAGCUCGACAAGCAACUAAUAAAACAUAUUUACCAUCAAAUGUACGCAUGAUUUGUGUGAGAGAAGAUACGAAAAGAGUUUUUUAA